GCGGCGGCGAGAGCAGAGGACGAGCCGGGACGCGGCGCCGCGGCACUAGGGCGCGCAGCCGGGCCGGCCCGACCCCACCGGCCACACGGUGGAGCCACGGGAAGCCCAGCCCCACAGACAGCCUGAGGCCGCAUUUCACCCCCGGCGCCGGGAUCUAUGUUUAAGUUUUAACUCUUGCUUACCAAGACCACGAUAAUUCCUUCCCCAGAGGCCAGCAGCCCCCCAGCCCCGCGCAGCCCCAGCCUGCCUCCCACCGCCCAGCUGCCCGCGAUGCCCGCCAGCGGCCCCGGGGACGCCAGCGGCCCCGCUCCGGAGCGGGGGGAGGAGGAGCGCAAGGAGGGAGAGGAGCAGGAGGAGGCUCGUGGCAAGGAGGAGCGGCAGGAGCCCAGCACAACUGCCCGGAAGGUGGGGCGGCCUGGGAGGAAGCGCAAGCACCCUCCGGUGGAAAGCAGUGACACGCCGAAGGACCCCGCUGUGACCUCCAAGUCCCCGUCCAUGGCCCAAGACUCAGGCCCCUCAGAGCUGUUACCUAAUGGGGACUUGGAGAAGCGGAGUGAGCCCCAGCCAGAGGAGGGGAGCCCCGCUGGGGGGCAGAAGGGCGGGGCCCCAGCAGAGGGAGAGGGUGCAGCUGAGACCCCGCCCGAAGCCUCCAGAGCCUUGGAGAAUGGCUGCUGCACCCCCAAGGACGGCCGGGGAGCCCCUGCAGAAGAGGGCAAAGAACAGAAGGAGACCAACAUCGAAUCCAUGAAAAUGGAGGGCUCCCGGGGCCGGCUGCGGGGUGGCCUGGGCUGGGAGUCCAGCCUCCGCCAGCGGCCCAUGCCGCGGCUCACCUUCCAGGCGGGGGACCCCUACUACAUCAGCAAGCGCAAGCGGGACGAGUGGCUGGCACGCUGGAAAAGGGAGGCUGAGAAGAAAGCCAAGGUGAUUGCAGUAAUGAAUGCUGUCGAAGAAAACCAGGGGUCCACCGAGUCUCAGAAGGUGGAGGAGGCCAGUCCUCCUGCUGUGCAGCAGCCCACCGACCCCGCAUCCCCCACUGUGGCCACCACUCCUGAGCCCGUGGGGGCUGACGCUGGGGACAAGAACGCCGCCAAAGCAGCUGAUGAUGAACCGGAGUACGAGGACGGCCGGGGCUUUGGCAUUGGGGAGCUGGUGUGGGGGAAACUGCGGGGCUUCUCCUGGUGGCCAGGCCGCAUUGUGUCUUGGUGGAUGACGGGCCGGAGCCGAGCAGCAGAAGGCACCCGUUGGGUCAUGUGGUUCGGAGACGGCAAGUUCUCAGUGGUGUGUGUGGAGAAGCUGAUGCCGCUGAGCUCCUUCUGCAGCGCCUUCCACCAGGCCACCUACAACAAGCAGCCCAUGUACCGCAAGGCCAUCUACGAAGUACUGCAGGUGGCCAGCAGCCGAGCGGGGAAGCUGUUCCCGAUGUGCCACGACAGCGACGAGAGCGACACUGCCAAGGCCGUGGAGGUCCAGAACAAACAGAUGAUCGAAUGGGCCCUGGGAGGGUUCCAGCCCUCUGGCCCCAAGGGCCUGGAGCCCCCAGAAGAGGAGAAGAACCCCUACAAAGAAGUUUACACAGACAUGUGGGUUGAACCCGAGGCAGCUGCCUAUGCACCGCCCCCACCAGCCAAAAAGCCCCGAAAGAGCACAACUGAAAAGCCCAAGGUCAAGGAGAUAAUUGAUGAACGCACAAGAGAGCGGCUGGUGUACGAGGUGCGGCAGAAGUGCCGGAACAUCGAGGACAUCUGCAUCUCUUGUGGAAGCCUCAACGUCACCCUAGAACACCCUCUUUUCAUCGGAGGAAUGUGCCAAAACUGCAAGAACUGCUUCCUGGAGUGCGCGUACCAGUACGAUGACGACGGCUAUCAGUCCUACUGCACUAUCUGCUGCGGGGGGCGCGAGGUGCUCAUGUGCGGGAACAACAAUUGCUGCAGGUGCUUUUGCGUUGAGUGUGUGGAUCUCUUGGUGGGGCCGGGAGCUGCGCAGGCAGCCAUUAAGGAAGACCCCUGGAACUGCUACAUGUGCGGGCACAAGGGCACCUACGGGCUGCUGCGGCGGCGAGAAGACUGGCCCUCUCGGCUCCAGAUGUUCUUCGCCAAUAACCACGACCAGGAAUUCGACCCUCCGAAGGUAUACCCACCUGUGCCGGCUGAGAAGAGGAAGCCUAUCCGGGUGCUGUCCCUGUUUGAUGGAAUCGCUACAGGGCUUCUGGUGCUGAAGGACUUAGGCAUUCAGGUGGAUCGCUACAUCGCCUCCGAGGUGUGCGAGGACUCCAUCACGGUGGGCAUGGUGCGGCACCAGGGGAAGAUCAUGUACGUCGGGGACGUCCGCAGCGUCACGCAGAAGCAUAUCCAGGAGUGGGGCCCGUUCGAUCUGGUGAUUGGGGGCAGUCCCUGCAAUGAUCUCUCCAUCGUCAACCCUGCCCGCAAGGGACUCUACGAGGGCACUGGCCGGCUCUUCUUUGAGUUCUACCGCCUCCUGCAUGACGCGCGGCCCAAGGAGGGAGAUGAUCGCCCCUUCUUCUGGCUCUUUGAGAAUGUGGUGGCCAUGGGCGUUAGUGACAAGAGGGACAUCUCGCGAUUUCUCGAGUCCAACCCUGUGAUGAUUGAUGCCAAAGAAGUGUCAGCUGCACACAGGGCCCGCUACUUCUGGGGGAACCUUCCUGGUAUGAACAGGCCGUUGGCAUCCACUGUGAAUGAUAAGCUGGAGCUGCAGGAGUGUCUGGAGCACGGCAGAAUAGCCAAGUUCAGCAAAGUGAGGACCAUUACUACUAGGUCGAACUCCAUAAAGCAGGGCAAAGACCAGCAUUUCCCCGUCUUCAUGAAUGAGAAAGAGGACAUCUUAUGGUGCACUGAAAUGGAAAGGGUGUUUGGCUUCCCUGUCCACUAUACCGACGUCUCCAACAUGAGCCGCUUGGCGAGGCAGAGACUGCUGGGCCGGUCGUGGAGCGUGCCCGUCAUCCGCCACCUCUUCGCUCCGCUGAAGGAAUAUUUUGCUUGUGUGUAAGGGACGUGAGGGCAAACCGAGGUAGUGAAACAAAGUUUAAACAAACAAACAAAAAACACAAAACACAACAAAAUACCAAGAACGUGAGGAUGGAGAGAAGUAUCAGCACCCAGAAGAGGAAAAGGAAUUUAAAACAAAAAAAAAAAACCCCCACAGAGGCAGAAAUACCGGAAGGCUUUGCCUUGUAAAAAGGGUUGGACAUCAUCUCCUGAUUUUUUCAAUGUUAAUCUUCAGUCCUAUUUAAAAACAAAACCAAGCUCCCUCCCCACCCUCCCACCCCCUUUUUUUCGGUCAAACCUUUUGUUUUCUACUCUUUUCAGAGGGGUUUUCUGUUUGUUUGGGUUUUUGUUUCUUGCUGUAACUGAAACAAGAGGGUUUAUUGCAGCAAAAAAAAAAACAAAUCAGUAACAAAAAAUAGUAACAUACCUUGCAGAGGAAAGAUGGGAGAGAAGGAAAUUCUAUAGAAAUCUAUAUAUUGGGGGUUUUUUUUGUUUUUUUUUUUUUGUUUUUUUUUUGUUUGUUUUUUUACUAUGUAUCUUUUUUUUUGUUGUUGUCUCUAGCCUGAUCAGAUAGGAGCACAAGCAGAGGAUAGAAAACAGACACUCAGGCGGCAGAGUUCCCUCCCAGCCACUGAGCUGUCUUGCCAGCACCAUUCCUGGUCAUGCAAAACACAACCCAACUAGCAGCAGAGAGACGAGAAUACCACACAAGACCCUUUUAUACAGUAUUCAGGUGCCUACCACACAGGAAACCUUGAAGAAAAUCAGUUUCUAGAAGCCGCUGUUACCUCUUGUUUACAGUUUAUAUAUAUAUGAUAGAUAUGAGAUAUAUAUAUAAAAGGUACUGUUAACUACUGUACAACCCGACUUCAUAAUGGUGCUUUACAACAGCGAGAUGAGUAAAAACAUCAGCUUCCACGUUGCCUUAUGUGCAAAGGGUUUUAACCAAGGAUGGAGAAAGGGAGACAGCUUGGAGGUGAACCGUUACCGUGGUGGGGUUUUUUUAUUUCCCCUUGGUGUUUAACAAGGUGAAGGAGGAGAAUUGGGGAACAGCGUUCUCCUGUUUCUCCCUGCCAAAAAAGGGGGUGAAAUUCAGUGGUCGGGACCGUGGAAAGCUGAGAGUGGGAUCCAUCCAGGCUCAUGAGAUAACCUUUUGAUUUUUUUCGAAAAGGAGACUCCCUCGGCAAGAUGGCAGGAUGAGGGGUCUUCAUUCCCAAUUUCUCACAUUAGCCGAUUUGAGGGCUCCUUGCGGUGGGGUCAGAAAAAAAUCCAGAGUGCGGGCAAGUGACAGUUCAGACCCCACCUGGAGCAAAUAAAAAAACAUACAAAACGUACUGGUGCUUUCCUGUCUAAGUCGCUUUUUGUGUGUUCUUUUAUGAGGCCCCCACCAUCCACCCUCUGUGCACAAGGCGGCUUCCGGCCCCUGGAAUGUGAUGUUUUUGGUCAUCUCCAAAGGCUGCAGUUUUAUACUGGGAGGCUGAUGACACCUUUUGUUAUAAUUAUUCUUAUGGUUCUGGUUAUAAUUAUGUUUGUUUUCAGAUUUUCUUUAAGAAAACAAAAACCCAACCCCCCCUCCCUUUAGGUUUCAAACCAAGGUGCGGGGAGCAGGGUGCUUCUAAGUUAGUGGUGGCCCUGGUGCCCUGGCUCCCCACCCCUCGGGCCAGGUGGGCCACCGGGCGCUGCGACAGCUGGGCGUCGGCCAGGGGGUCCCCGAGGCCGGCCUUCCGGGCGCGUCCCUCUUCUCUUCUGCUUCCCUCCUCUCGAGUCCCGUGUGUCAGGGCUGGAGGGAGGACCAGGCAUCUCUCUCCUCGCGUGUGUGAUUGGAGUGGUGUGUAUUUCUUUUCUAGUACUUGGUCUGAUGAUAGCUGUGCUCUUACCUCGAGUCAGCAGCACCUGGAGCCCCAAGUGCACGACACUUGGUUCCGCUUCCCGGCGAGGCAGGCAGCCUGGUGUUGGCUGUAGGCAGGGACGGCAUGUGUGGCUCCAGGGUGAGGGCCCAAUGGGCAGAUGCCUGCCUGGGUAGAUGGGGUGUAGAUAAUGUGGCAUAUAGAGAUAUAUAUUUUAUAAUGGGAGGGGGGAAUGGCACCUCCUGGGACUGGCAGGGCUGGGAGGUGUGCUGUCAAGCACAUGGUCCCACGUUCGCAUCCCUAGAAAGAUAGGGCCUACGGUGAUAGGCGCUAUAUAAAUACAUAGAUAGGGUCAUGUAUAAGAAAUAUUUUGUAGUGGGGAGCGGGGGAAGGAGGCUCAGAAUGCUGAGUCUCGGGCCCCACUGCAGACAGGCCCCACACCAAUCAGUCAAUCCCACACGCACACACAGGAACAUGUUUCUAUACCGACGCGUAACGAAUGCGCGUGCACACAGACACACACACACACACACACACAGACACACACACAACCAGGGAGCUCCCAGCGCUCUUCUCCCCAGGAUUCAGGACUUUGCAGAGUCGGCCCUGCAGCUCUUUACCUCUGUUGCCCUGAUUGCAGGUAGACUGUCAAUCCCAGAAGUUGCUAGGUGCUGAAGGCAGGAAAAGGAGGAGGUUUUCUUUUAGCAGGUGCUCUCCUCUAGCAGGUAGCGUUCUAUCUCUUUUGCCCCUGGUGAUGUCAAAAGACUCUUCUGUUAGCAACCUGUGACACUGACCUGCAACCCUAGGCACCAGUCCAGUCAGCCCUCAACUCCCCCUACCUAUUCUCCCCCGACCAAAACGAAACUGACGUCCAGGGCUGUCUUGGCCAGGGGGCUUCCAUUGGAAAAAAAGGGGACAGUGAACCUCAUCUUUUGAAUAAAGCAAAUUAGUAAUUGGUGACAAAACUAAACCAGGCUUUGAGUCCCAUGCUCAUUGCUCAGGAGUAAGCUCACAGCUGGUGGCCGCGGUCUCCCACUCCUUUUAGGGGUGCUUAGUCCCGCACCCCAGGCUACUCAUUUCCUGUCAGAUUGGUUUUUAAGAUGAUACCCAGUUGCUUCCUGCCAGCUCUGUGCCGUGAUGCCAGGUGGUGAUGGUGGGCUCCCACGGGGCUGGAGCAGCUGUGGGGGAAGCCCUCGGCCCUUCCCUCGUUGGAGUCUGUACCGAACUGUGGUGCUCACCCCACCCCCUCCAGCCAGGCUCCAUCUUCCCGGCCCAGAGCCCACCAGCACUGCUCCGGAGGGCUGGGGGAGGAGGGCUGCCGCAGGCAGUCCAAGGUGCUCCCUCCCCUGGCGGCCAACGCUAAGGUCUUCCCAGCCCCAGUGUCAGGGCAGAGUCUCUUCCUCUGCAGACAGACUUCUGGCUCUCCGAGGCCUUUUGUCCACUGCUUGUGUGCAGGAGUUUGCUUUUCCCAGUGGCCCAAGCUCUACCCAGGGGCUUGGUGUGGGGAAGAAACUUGGUAGCCAAGGAUGUGGUGAGCCUGAGGGGUCAGCGUGGGCCGGCCAGCUUGUUUGCUGUGGCUGAUAACCUGUUUUGUGCAGUCUGGCCACCUGACUGGGCCCCAGAAAGGGCCAGAUGCACCCUCGCAGGGACGAGAGUUAACGAUCACCAGCUUUUCUUCCAGCCACACCCGUGGUCUUGGUCCCAUAGUAGAACUUGGUAGGGUGCAGGGGACCUUGGGGAUGUGCCAACUUGGCCACACCAGGGUGCUGUCCACAGUUGACUCCCAACUCUGGGGGUGCUCCUGGGGACAGUGGUCAGGUCACCUUCUAAAGGGGAGCUGUGCUUGGACAGGCUGAGGUGAGGUCGCGCGGGGAUGCAGGUGGGGGAUCUUGGCACUUGCUGUGCGUUGAGGCUCAGGGUAGAGGCAGUGCAGCGGGAGAAACCAAGAAGGCCUAGGGAGAAUCCUGGAGUAUGUUCCCAGUGGGGUUUUCUUUCUGAAGAGCAGGCCAAUUUACAAAUUCCUGGAAACGAGGGUUUCUAGGGACUGAGGAUGAUGCCCCCCUACUUGCUGCAGGUGCCAGAGGGACCUGUGCCUCUUGCCGGGGUAGGUAGCUGGGGCUCGGCAGGGCGCAGGGCCCUGGGUCGCCUGCCCGAGGAGGAAGCUCGUCUCCAGCCAGUGCCGCUGAGCCCCGUGGGCCUCAAGCUGGCUGGCGCUGCCUGCCUUUCCCAGGAGCCGACCGAGGAGCACAGGACCCGUGGGGUCUUGCAGUCAGUGAUGGCAACCCAGGUGUGCCACUGUCUGUUUUUCUUUCUAGACCCCAGUACCUUCCUGCUAUUGAACAUUCUAGAAAGCAAACUUCCCAAAAGAGCACGCAGGACCGCUUUGCUUUUGAGACGGGCCUGGGAGUGGCGGCUGGCGAAGAUGCCUGUGGGUUUUUGGUGAGUCGCUAGAGUGCAGAUUGGGACAGGCAGACCCAGCAGGAAGAAAGGCUGGUGGUGGACAUUGAACUGGUCUGAUGAGGGCCGGCUCCCCUUACUUCCUGCAUAGCUGGCAAUUCUGGGGAAGCCUGAAUUGAUGGGAUGGGAAUUAGAUGGGAAUAGCCCACGGUCUCCAGCACAGGAAGGUCUGUAACAGGAGCAAGGGAAGGACUGUUUCAGCAGAGCCAUCUGGGGAAUGUUCUUAGUCUUCAUCUCUCUGAUGACAUCAGUAUACAUAAAGUGGAUCUUGGAGGUGCUUUUGAAUUCCUGGCGCUGUCCUGCUUGGGGCAGAGAGGCUUUGGCACUGGUAUUUUUCAGAGGCGUCGUUUUCAGGAAACUUGCAGGGUUAGGGCCGUGGGUCCUGCCUCGCACUGUGAUCUGAUGAGGGCUGGUCGUUGCCUGUGGUCGGGGUAGCAGCAGAGCCAAGAUGCUGGUGAGAGCUGGGUUUCUAGCCAGGCCCCGUUUUGAUCCCAGGAGAUGAGGAAUCUGAAUUUGUCAUCGGGCGUGGUCUAGUCUGGACCCUCCCAGCGCUUGUGAUUCGAGAUGACACUGGAGUUGUCCUGCCCUCUUUCCUCCACCUCUGGAGGGAUGGCGUGGAGCUGGAAUGGCUCUCCCGGCCACUCCUUGCUGAGGCAGGGAUCAACCACAAGUGUUUGGAGGAUCUAAGAGGAAAGAGAAUAGAUGUAUAUCAAGGGAUGGACUCCACUGUUCUAGCAGAAGCUCUCGAAUCUUUACGUUUUGGUAAAGGAAGGCUGGGGUCUUUAGGAAGCGAGCGUAGCCCCUCUUGCACCGGUGUGUUCCCGAGGCCCGGCUGAGUGGGCCUUUGGUUGUUUAUCGCUGAUUCUCAGCAGUGGAGUCUGGGGAGAGGGAGAAACAAGCAGGUCAGAAGCAGUGAGGACAAGGAUGGAAGGUCCUUUGCUAGUCGGGACUGGCUGAAUUGCCCGAACGGAGGCCCGCAGAUUCCUGUAACUCCAGUAACUGGAAAACUCCCCCCAGGGGCAUGGGAGGGCGGCUUUCUCAACCUCCAGUCUCACGGCCUCCAGCCCUGGGCCUGAGGACAUGAGCAGGGAUCCGAAAGCAUCACCUGAGUCCCAUUCCACUUCACAGACUGAUUUGGUUGCACAGCCCUAGAAUCCAACCAACCACAAAAAUGCCGAAAUUCCUUAGAAUCCGCAGAGGGAGGAGGUGACUCAACAAGGUGCUAAAACAUUUUAUUAAAAAUAUAUAUUGUUAAAUUAAGUCUGCUGUCUGGACAAUGACUGUUUGUUUUGUUUUCUUGUAGUGGAGUUUAAAAGAGACUAUUAUUUUACUCUGAUAUAUUAUUAUUAAAAAGGCAUUUUAACUUUGUACUUGAAAACUAAAUGAGCGAUUUCAUGUGUUUUAGCUGAGGCAUUGAAGUAGCGGGUGCUUACUUAUUUGUGGGAAAUCAUGUAUUCAUACUGAAGAAUAAACUCCGUAGCUGAUUUGGUAAUAACUUUUACUGUUACAGACGAUUUCGCUUUGACCCCGGCGGGAGAGCACUUUUACUGCACAUUCCACGCAGCUAAAUGCAGGACUUAACUCCCCAGACCCUUCCCUUCCCAACCCUCUUUCCUUUCUCUUCAGUUCCUCUUCUGACUCUUUGUUGUUGUGUUUUUUUUUUUUUUUCUCCCUGGUUCCAGCAUCCUUUCACCACUGUAUUUUUUUUAGGGUUGCUUCUCUAUUUAUUGACAAUAAUAAUGUACAUUUCACAGUCUGGUUCUGGGACAUCGGGGAGGGGCAAGUUGAAAGGGCCCUGCACGGGUCCCCACCCCCAUGCCCUGGUGUUCUGUUGUAUCUCUGUGUAAGUGAUGCUCGUGACAUAGCUGUUAUGAAAUAAUUAUAAAGAGGUCAGUGCGUACAGCAGAUGUAGAAAGUCUGUCAGUUCCGCCUUCAUCACUUUUUUUUCUUUUUUCUUUUUCUUUUUUUUUUUUUUUUUUGUGCCCAGAAGAAUAUAAUAAAGCUCCUUUCUAAUGUACUUGUGCUGGAGAACACUUGAA